CCUGGCUGUUGCAUACUUCCACAGUGCUGCGCUAAUCAGAUCGAAGCGUAAACAAAACAUUCAGCAAGAGGAAUCAAAUAUAGUCCCUACUUUUCCCAUUUUUCCCGUGCUUCUAAUCGUUCUGAUAGCGCUUGUGCAAGUGUUUCGCAUUCUGUAUCAUUUACUGUGGUGCAAUUGCAAAAAUGUGUUACCCAUUGUGACCGUUCAGCGACAACCAAUUACGCACCGAAGCGAAGCAUCUCCCCCAACAAGAGGAAUUAAUUAAGAGGUCAAACGCAGCUUGAAAAUGCCUUCACCCCGGCAAGGGUCCCAACAAGUGCCUCCGAGCAUCGACGAACUGUACAUGGAGCGUGAUUUCUACAUCGGACUUGGGCUGGCCCUUUCCAGCAGCAUCUUCAUUGGGUCUAGUUUUAUCAUCAAGAAAAUUGGUCUCCUGCGUCUAUCCCGUGUCGGAUCGGUCCGUGCCAGUGCCGGUGGUUUUGGUUACCUGCGCGACUGGAUCUGGUGGGCUGGCCUUAUCUGCAUGGGCGUUGGAGAGGCGGCCAAUUUUGCCGCUUACGCUUUUGCGCCAGCCUCACUCGUUACGCCGCUCGGUGCGCUCAGCGUGAUUGUAGCCGCCGUCAUGGCGUCCAAAUUUCUAAAGGAACGAUUAAAUCUGCUCGGCAAGCUUGGCUGUUUCCUGUGUAUCGUAGGAUCGACGAUCAUCGUCAUACAUUCACCGAAAGAGGGUGAAGUGGAGGAUCUUAACCUGCUAAUCGACAUGCUGCAAGAUCCCACCUUUAUUACGUUCGUCGUACUGAUUCUCGCCUUGUCGCUCUUCAUCGGAUGCUGUGUUGGACCGCGUUACGGUCACAAACACGUUGCCGUGUACAUUUUGCUCUGUUCCGCCAUCGGCAGCCUUACGGUUAUGUCCUGCAAAGCGCUCGGACUUGCUCUGCGCGAUACGCUUUCCGGCAAGUCGAACGAUUUCGGUAUGUGGCUGCCGUACUUUCUCAUCAUCGUGACGGUCGUGUUCGUCGGCAUCCAGGUGAACUAUCUCAACAAAGCGCUGGACAUUUUCAACACCAGCAUCGUAACACCGAUCUACUACGUGAUCUUUACGACGCUGGUCAUUACGGCUUCAGCGAUACUGUUCAAGGAAUGGCGACACAUGCGCCCCGAAGACAUUAUCGGCGAUUUGUGUGGCUUUUUCGUCGUGAUUGUCGCUGUGAUACUGCUGAAUGCGUUCCGCGAGAUGGACAUAAGCUUAAGCGACGUGAAAGGUAUUAUGCGACCGAAGAUGGAACUGCUGCACUCAUCGAACAAGGGUGCCCGGUACGACGACUAUCUGAACGACAGUGAAGAACGGGGCCCACUGAAGCCACAGUACGGUACGAACUAUCUGAAUGCGUAACGGCAAAUCAACGGCUGGCCGGUGGACGAACGCGCUAGCAUUAAGUUACAUUUCGUACGGGAAGCGUCCAAGUUGAACUUGAAGCAAGUGUAAAAAGACCAAAAAUUAAGACAUCUUCACUAAAUUAUAACGUACGAAACAUACACGAA